AUGAGCGUCUCAGAAGCACCUCGUUCUAACCUGCACGAUGUCGAAGUUUACAUUGACUCGACAGAUGCAGAGAAGAUGGAUAUGGAAAAGCCGCCUCUCGUGGACGAUCCCUUUGGAAAUGAAGAAUCCGGUGAAGUGAAGUAUCGGGUGAUGAAGUGGUGGCAAGCUGGAAUGCUUAUGGUUGCCGAAAAUAUCUCGCUUGGAAUUCUAUCUCUUCCGUCGGCCGUUGCAACACUUGGAAUUGUCCCAGCGUUUCUUAUUAUACUCGGAUUAUCUGCCAUCUCAUGGUAUACAGGGUAUGUCAUGGGACAAUUCAAGCAGCGGUACCCUCAUGUGCACAGCAUGGGAGACGCUGGUGAGCUGCUUUUAGGCCCCAUUGGUCGAGAGAUCUGUUAUGUUGGCCAGCUUCUGUUCAUCAUCUUCUUGAUGGCCAGCCAUAUUCUCACCUUCUCUGUCCUUUUCAAUACUAUUACGAAUCAUGGCACUUGUACUAUCGUCUUCGGAGUUGUGGGCUUGAUUGUCAGCUUCCUCGGAGCCCUUCCGCGCACCACAGGCAAGGUGUUUUGGAUGUCUCUCAUAUCGGCGAUUAGUAUUCUCACAGCUACUAUUGUGACUAUGAUUUCUAUUGCAGUUCAAGCCCCUGAUGACGUUGUGAACGAUAUCACCACAUCCCCUAGCUUUACGGACGCUUUCCUGGCCGUGACCAACAUCGUUUUCGCCUUCAUUGCCCACGUCUCCUUCUUCGGCAUCAUGUCAGAGAUGGAAGAUUCGCGUCAGUUCCACAAGUCGCUGGCUAUGCUUCAGGUUGUCGACACCUCCAUGUACAUCGUAACUGCGAUGGUUAUCUACUGCUAUGCCGGCCCAGACGUGGCAUCUCCGGCGUUGUCAUCUGCCGGUCCGGUGAUGAAGAAGGUCGCUUACGGUCUGGCUAUACCGACGGUCAUUGUCGCGGGUGUCGUCUUUGGUCACGUUGCAUGCAAGUAUAUCUAUGUUCGAAUCUUCCGAGGCGAGCGCUCCCACCACAUGCACCAGAGAAGUUGGUUGGCCACAGGUACAUGGGUCGCAAUCGGCUUGACCACCUGGACUAUCGCUUGGGUCAUUGCCGAAUCUAUUCCUGUGUUCAAUGAGCUGCUUAGCUUGGUUAGCGCUCUUUUUGGAAGUUGGUUCAGCUACGGUCUACCUGCCAUGUUCUGGCUGGUUCUGAACAAGGGCCAGUGGUUUGCCAGUCCCAGAAAGAUUGCACUCACGAUUGUCAACUUGUUGAUUCUAGCAAUUGCCUGUGCUAUUUGUGGAUUGGGAUUGUGGGUUUCCGGCAAGGCAAUUAACGAAAGCUCCUCCAAGGCCAGCUGGACCUGUGCCAACAAUGCCACUUGA